GCAGGGGCAAAGGUCGCCAAGGCAGGAAAUGCACCAGCAAAGGACAGACGCCAGAGAGGCUGGACCCUUCCGCCAGUGACAGGCACCAAGAUGGGGGCACUGGCUCUUCUGGGGCCUCCCCUCCUGCUGCCGCUGCUCUUGGCACUGCUGGACCAAGCCCCGGGGGCUGUGGCCCAGGCUCAGGUCUGCUCUGUGAGCCAAAACUACUUCCAGUUUGAGGAGAACACAAAUAUUACUGGGCCCCUGGCAAACUUCACGGUUCCGGAGGGCCAGCAUGUGGAGCUGAGCUCCUCCUCCACGCCCUUUGCCUUUGAGAUCAAAGACAACCAGCUGUUUCUCAAAACGACUCUGGAUUAUGAGAAAAACCCAGUACUUCAGGCACAGAUGGAGUGCAAAAGGGGAAACACGGUGGUGACACACUUCAGUGUGCUGGUGAUUGUGCUGGACAUCAAUGACAACGCCCCAGAGUUCCCCUUUACCACCAAGCACUGGAACGUGACAGAGGACACUCAAGUGAACUCUGUGGUCAUCCCAGAAGCAGAACUGCAGGCUAGGGAUGAGGAUAAAGACGACACCUUGUUCUACACCCUCCGGGAGGUGACCCAGGGUGCCAGCAGCUUCUUCUCCCUGGAGGGGGCAAACCGCCCUGCCCUGAAGCUGGUCCAGUCCCUGGAUUACCUCAAGAUGCACACUAUGACCUUCCAGCUGAUAGUGCAAGACACUCUGGAGAACACAGGGCCCAGCCACACAGCCACGGCCAGCCUGGUCCUGAACGUGCUGCCGGCCGACCUCCGCCCCCCCUGGUUCCUGCCCUGCGCUUACUUGGAUGGCUUUGUCUGCCUUCAGGCCCAGUACCACGGGAUAGUCCCCACAGGACACAGGCUGCCGUUCCCCCUCACCAUGCGUCCGGGGCCCAUCUACGCGGUGGACGGCGAUCGGGGCAUCAACCAGCCCAUUGUCUACACCAUCGUUGGGGGAAAUGAGGAUGACACAUUCACCAUCGACUCCAACUCUGGCAACCUCACCAUGGCCAAGAGUGUUCCCAGCCCCACCAUCUUUGUUUUGCUGAUCAGGGCUGAGCAGGCAGAUGGGGCCCGCUACUCGGUAACGAAGGCCACCGUGGAGGCCCGUGACGCCGCGGGCAACUCCCUCCACUUCCUUCAGAGCACCUUCAGGGGCACGGUGGAGUCUGGCUCAGGGGCUGGUGUGGCAGUCAAGGAUGCCACCUCCCCGACUCGGCUCCUGAGGAUCUGGGCUGAGGACUCGGAGCUCCCGGACCUCAACGGGGCCAUCAGGUAUCGAAUCACAAAUUCUUCAGACUUCGAGAUGGAUGGGCAGAUUGUGCUGACCACCACCGCCCUGGAACUUGUGGGAUACCUCUAUGCUGAGGUGGAGGCCAACAAUACUGUGACUGGGGCCACAGCAACCGCCGUGGCUGAGAUCCAUGUGACAGAGCAGAAGACCCCAGCCACCCCCUCCACAGGCACUACUCUGAGGUUACCCGUCUCAUCCACACCCGGACCCACCUCCACUGUGGGAGCCAGCACCUCUCCCCAGCCAGCCACGCCCGGUGGGGGCUCCACACAGACCCCCAAACCAGGAAGCUCUCAGCCAACAAGCCCCACUGUGGGAGCCAGCACCUCUCCCCAGCCAGCCACGCCCGGUGGGGGCUCCACACAGACCCCCAAACCAGGAAGCUCUCAGCCAACAAGCCCCACUGUGGGAGCCAGCACCUCUCCCCAGCCAGCCACGCCCGGUGGGGGCUCCACACAGACCCCCAAACCAGGAAGCUCUCAGCCAACAAGCCCCACUGUGGGAGCCAGCACCUCUCCCCAGCCAGCCACGCCCGGUGGGGGCUCCACACAGACUCCGGAGCCAGGAAGCUCUCAGACAACGAUGAGCCCAGGCUCCAGCAGGACCUUUCCAACCUCAGGAGAAGACGCCCCUGGGCGGCCCGGCGAGCCAGGCGGGGGCCAGCGCUUCUCCACAGUGGACAUGGCGGUGCUGGGCGGAGUGCUGGGCGCCCUGCUCCUGCUGGCGCUCACCGCCCUGCUCAUCCUCAUCCAUAAGCACUAUGGUCACCGGCUCAACUGCUGCUCUGGCAAAGCUGGGGAGCCCCAGGCCCAAGGCUUCGACAACCAGGCCUUCCUCAAAGACGAGGCCAGUGGGGCCCCCGCCCCUAGCCCCGAGACGCGCUCUGCGCCCCCGGAGAAGACCCCGGCGCCGCCCGACCUGGUACCCCCGGAUGCCGAGCUGCCCCUCCCCACGCGCCCCGGGCCAGAGCCGCUCGGCCGCGCCCCGGGAACCCCCGCACCCGCUGGGGCCGGGGAAAGCCCCUCGGGGGUGAGGUCCAUCCUGACCAAGGAGCGGCGGCCCGAGGGCGGCUACAAGGCCGUGUGGUUUGGGGAGGACAUCGGGGCGGAGGCGGACGUGGUGGUCCUCAACACGCCCGCCGCGGAGGCGGACGGGGCCAGCGACUGCGACGCGGGCAGCGAGGGCAGUGGCGAGGAGGACGCGGGCGGCGGCGCCCGUCCCGCCGGCCACGACUCCACCCACAUCUAGGCGCCCCCCGUCCGCCCCUCCACGGCUCGGAGCCGGGGUCUGCCCGCCUUCCCUGUGCACAAUA